AUGGGUUGUACCGCCAGCACCGUCGUGGAAGGCGCCCAGAAGUCAGUCUUUCAGCAUGAAGACGGAGUUACCUAUCCCGAAGUGCGCUUCAGUGAGCGGAGCCACAGCUUUGACUCCAUGGACGACCUGACCAAUCCCUACACAGCUGACCACGCAAGUGCACCGGCCAAAGGCACGCACACAAAAUGGGUGAAGCAGCUGGAGAAGGUCUUGGAUGAGAUCAAGGACCACCCCAAAGCACUCCAGACUGUAGUCGCACAUAAACGCUCCAUCAUGGAUCGGCGAAGUGCUUGUCAUUGA